AUGAAUAAAAACAUAACUUUACCCGAACUCGAUACUAAAACCGUCUUAAAUGUUGUGGAGGACAACUUCCGUAAGCUUGGCUUGAAAGCUUACGCUAUCCGUAUGAUUUACAUUGGCGAGCAUGCACUACCGAAAGAGGAAAUUAUUCACCAUUUUUCGAAAACGAUUGAAAUUGUGAACUCGAGUUAUUGUGAAAUCAACGUCUAUGGAUUUUUACUUGUGUACGAUAGUUAUUUUGUUCAUAUCGUUGAGGGCUCCGAGGACACAAUUCACAGGCAUUUAAGAUUUUUAUUCAGACGAGAGGCUAAUUGGAAAGCCAAUAUGUCUAACUUGGACCAAACUGUUAAUUUCGAUAAUGACAACGAAGGUUUGAAUGUCUUAAUGAAAGAGGAUACGGAAACAGAAGAACCCGAAAGGAUAAUGUUUAAACGCUUGAAAACAGUGAUGACAUACCACUCCGUGCGCACGUUACAAUUUAACAGUUGGCGUGCAGUGACAGCAAGACCACCAUCACUCGUAGGCAAAUUGGAUUUGUUUGGACCCCUGCAAGAACAUUUUGAGCAACUUCGCAUCUUCCUUAACAAGAUCACUAAAAUAUGUGCCUUCGCUAAAGCUGACGACAAAUUAUCUUUCGAGGGAUUAAGGGUAAUGGAUCCCAAGAUGGAAGCUCUGCCUGAAGUUGCACUGAUCGACUUCUUGCUACAAUCUCCUCACAUUCUUCCGCUUCGUGAGACCGCGGCUUUGCAUCGUCAUGUAGAUGAUUGCAAAUUCUACUUUGAGGAUGUUUGGCCUUUACCAACUCAAUUCACACCUCGGUUCCUCUACAAGUUGAAGGUAGAUGACUCGUUCGUGGAGCCUCUACCUGUAAUGCCUUGGGAAGUGGUGAAGAAAGAGGUAGAUGAUGAAGAUAGGGAGGAACGCGAGAACGCAACCGAGGGAUCGUCCUCUGAUUAA